AUGGUUGGUGAACAUGUACAAUCUAAACGAUCUUCUUCGGCAUCUCAAAUAGAAAGAGGAAAAGGUGGAGGGAGAAAUCAACCUGAGUCAUCUACUCAACAGGAAGUGUGUUCAACUACACGAGUGUAUAAUAUUAAGACAAAUGAAGACCGAGAUGAUCCUGAGAUUAUAGCAGGUACAUCCGUCUUCCUGGACCGUGUUUCUCGAUCAACGAGAGGGAGAAGGAUGACGAAGUUGUUGGACAACGAAGUUGAAGAGGACGAGUUGUUUUGGAAUCAAGACGCAUUUAAAGAUGAGGAGAAUGAUGUCAAUUAUGAAGAAGAACCAGAGGUCGCCGAUGAGUUUGAUAGUGACUUCGACGAAGAUGAAUAUGAGUCAGAUGAGGAGGUAGAAAAUGAAGCAGAUGAAAGGGUUCACACAAAGAAGCGUAUGAUAUUUCCCGGAAAGUCUUCUGCGAAGAAAAAGAAGAAAAAGAAAGUCCUUUCAAAUUUAGAUGGUGAUUCCAAGGAUGAAAAUGCUACCCAAAAGACUACCUCUCCUCAACAUCAUGAUGCCCCUGAAGAUGCAGAAGGUGAAAGAAUUAUAAGGAAAUCUACUAGAACUUCAGUCAUUGUUAGGCAAGCUGAGCGAGAUGCGAUACGUGUAACAUCCCAAAUUAUGGAUAAACCAGUAAAAAGGAAAAAAGAAGGUGAAGAGAAGAGGAUGACUCAAGAAGAAAUGCUUCUAGAAGCAGCACAAACUGAAAUCAUGAACUUAAGGAAUUUAGAGCGUGUUUUGGUAAGAGAUGAGGAAGUUAAGAAAAGAGCAAUAAUCCACAAGGCUGUUUAUAGUGGUCCACAAAGUAAAUAUGUGUCAAAAGAUGGUUAUUCAUAUCUAGAAUUUAGUAAAGGAUUAACAUUUGACUCAGAGCUCUCAACCACGUUGCCUCCUUACCCCAAAAAGGCCAUAUGUGCUGUAACUGGAUUGCCUGUGAGGUACAAAGAUCCAAAGACAGGGCUAUGCUACGCAACAAAGGAAGCCUUUAGUAUUAUUCGAGAACGUUUUCGAGAUGAAUAUAAAAGUUCGAAGAAGAAAAUGGAUAUGGGGGUCUUGUUUGAUUCUCUGUCUAGUCAAGGCUUAAUGCCCAGGCAGAAGAGAUCUCACAUCUCAAACAGAAGUCAAAUAUCAUGCUUCCAGUACUUUGGGAAUUUCUGCAGAACAUCAUCUGAUGAUGAUGAUGGAGAAGAAGAAGAGAGAAAUAUCCGGAACCUUGUUUUCUCUCAAAUGCUUUCUACAGAGACAGGACAUUUCAUGAGAGAUUGUCCAUUGAGGACUGGAAAGCAUGCACAGUCGGAGCGAUCUGCUUCGAUGUCUCAGAGAGGACGAGGUAGAGAUAGAGAGUUGACAGGGUUACCUCCCGAUAGAGAGGUGGAAUUUCAGAUUAAGAUAAUGCCUGGAACUACACCGAUUGCAAUGGAACCAUACAGAAUGGCUCCAAAAGAGUUGCAUGAGCUAAAAAUUCAGUUACAGGAAUUGUUGGAUAAAGGAUUCAUUAAAUCAAAUGUAUCAUCCUGGGGAGCUCCAGUGUUGUUCUUGAAAGGGGCUUCAGUUUUCUCUAAGAUCAAUUUGAGAUCUGGAUAUCACCAGUUGAAGAUUCAGGAGAAAGAUAUUCCAAAUAUAUCAUUUAGAACAAAGUUAUUAUUGAAGAUUCGUUAA